AAACGGGGAGAGCAGUGGUCUACUUUCUGUGCCUAAUGUACAUCUUCCUGGGUGUCUCCAUCAUUGCAGAUCGCUUCAUGGCAUCCAUAGAAGUCAUCACCUCUCAGGAGAAAGAGGUGACCAUCACUAAACCUAACGGAGAGACAACAGUGACGACAGUGAGGAUCUGGAACGAAACCGUGUCAAACCUCACUCUCAUGGCCCUGGGCUCCUCUGCACCUGAGAUCCUGCUUUCAGUUAUUGAGGUGGUUGGCCACAACUUCAAUGCAGGAGAACUCGGCCCGGGGACCAUCGUGGGCAGCGCUGCGUUCAACAUGCUGGUGAUCAUCGGUCUUUGUGUUUCUGUCAUCCCUGAAGGAGAAUCCAGAAAAAUCAAACACCUGAGAGUGUUUUUUGUCACAGCUUUCUGGAGUAUUUUUGCCUACAUUUGGCUCUACCUCAUUUUGGCUGUAAUCUCGCCAGGGAUUGUAGAGGUGUGGGAGGCUAUAGUGACACUGCUCUACUUCCCGGUGUGUGUGCUCUUGGCUUGGAUCGCUGACCGCCGCCUCCUCAUCUACAAGUACAUGCACAAGCGUUAUCGAGCUGACAAGAGGCAUGGCAUUGUAGUGGAAAUGGAAGGCGACCUUGCCCCUAAAGGCAUCGACGUGAUCAUGGAUGGAAAGUUGUCAGACAGGGGCGCAUGCCCCGAAAACUCCUCCAGUGUCACGGUCUCUGUGCAGACUGGAAAUGAACUGGAGCAGAAAAACAAUGAUGAGGUGGUCCAGAUCCUGAAAGACCUAAAGGAGAAGCACCCAGACAAAGACCUGGACCAGCUCAUUGAGAUGGCUAACUACUCAGCUCUUGUUCAGAAGAAAAAAAGCCGUGCUUUCUACCGCGUCCAGGCCACACGGAUGAUGAUCGGAGCUGGAAACAUAUUAAAGAAACACGCUGCUGAGCACGCACGUCGAGCAGGAGGUCCAGACUCUGACAAAGCUACGUGCUCACAUAUUUGUUUUGAGAGUGCUCAGUAUCAGUGCACAGAGAACUGUGGAUCUCUGAGUAUUGGGGUGAUCCUUGAUGGAGGGUUAGGCCAGGACACUUUCUAUGUGGACUACUGUACAGAAAACGGCUCUGCAAAUGCUGGGGCAGACUAUGAAUUUACUAAAGGAACUCUGGUGUUUAAACCUGGAGAGAUGCACAAAGAGAUCAAGGUGGGAAUACUGGAUGAUGACAUCUUUGAGGAGGACGAGCACUUCUUUGUGCGUCUUCAGAAUCUGAGGUUAGAAGAAGGUGGGAGUGAAGGAACAGGAAGUCCACCUAAAGCCAGGCUUGUGGAGCCGCUGGUUGCCACAAUCACAAUCCUGGACGAUGACCAUGCUGGCAUCUUCACGUUUGGCCAGGAAGUGCUGCGGGUCAGUGAGAGCACAGGCACACUGGCGGUCACAGUAGUGAGGAACUCAGGCUCCAGAGGGACGGUAUCUGUACCAUACCACACUGAGGAUGGCAGUGCCAAGGCUGGGGUGGACUACGAGGACUCCAGAGGGGAGCUGGAGUUCACUAAUGAGCAGACCAGUCAGGUUUUAAAUGUGUGCAUAAUAAAUAUUGAGGAGUACGAGAAGCAGGAGAACUUCUUCAUUGUGCUGGAGGAUCCCAAAUGGCUGAAGCGAGGACUCUCUGCACUGCUGCUAAACCAGGGCAAUCCCACACCUGAGGAGGAGGAGGCUCGGAGGAUUUCUGAGAUGGGAAAACCUAUUUUAGGAGAGCACAGCAGGCUGGAGGUCGUUAUAGAGGAGUCCUGUGAGUUUAAGAACACAGUGGACAAACUGCUGAAGGACACAAAUCUGGCCGGGGUGCUCGGCACUCACUCAUGGAAAGAGCAAUUCAUUGAAGCAGUCACAGUCAGUGCAGGUGAUGGAGAUGAGGAGGAGGGACAAGAACAGCGGAUGCCGAACUGCUUCGACUACUUCAUGCACAUAUUGUGCAUCUUCUGGAAGAUUCUGUUCGCUUUCGUCCCGCCAACAGAAUACUGGAACGGCUGGGCAUGCUUCAUCGUAUCAAUCUCUGUCAUCGGCAUCUUAACUGCUAUAAUCGGAGACCUGGCCUCUCAUUUUGGCUGCACCGUUGGCCUGAGAGACACCGUCACGGCUGUGGUCUUUGUAGCUCUGGGGACUUCUCUUCCUGACACCUUUGCCAGUAAAGUGGCCGCCACUCAGGACCAGUAUGCAGACGCAUGUGUGGGAAAUGUGACCGGAAGCAACGCGGUGAAUGUGUUUCUGGGCAUUGGCGUGGCGUGGUCUGUGGCUGCUAUAUACUGGGAGGUCAAAGGUAAGGUUUUCCGCGUGGACCCUGGCUCACUGGCCUUCUCUGUGACACUCUUCACCAUAUUUGCCUUCUUCGCUAUGGGAGUGUUGAUGCUGCGCAGGAAGCCGUCCAUAGGGGGCGAACUGGGAGGACCAAGGAUCCCCAAAAUCCUCACCACGCUGACUUUCUUUGGACUCUGGUUCCUCUACGUCCUCUUCUCCAGCUUGGAGGCCUAUUGCCAUAUACAAGGCUUCUGA